CAGCAUGCAUCACGCCGCACGGCCGUCUCACUCUCAGCAUCCUUCCGUCAUGUGCACAUCCGGUCAUGGAGUACAAAUAGUGCAGAUGCUGGAUUGGACGUCUCCAUCACUUGCAAGGAGUAAAAACAAUUGACGUUGAUAUGAAUCAGUUUUUUCUCUUUGUUAUAAUAGUGCAUUUGUACUUCGCGGACGGCUAGCCGUCUUCACAAGGUGCUCGUGCUUUAUAUAAUAGGCGGACGAAUUAUAGACAGUCUGGGGAAACGUGUGUUUCCGGUUGUUCCGGAAGGGAUGAGCUGAGCGGUUGCUAGGAGACGGAGAGGAGCGCGGAUGUGAGAGAGCUGAGCUCCAACUGCCAUCAGAUGUCUGUCUGCCUGGCUGAGCUGCACCUGUGGUCUAUGAAGAAUGCCUUACAAGUCAAGGAUACAGAUAUCGGCACCUAUCAAUAUUAUGAUAAGAGAGAGGCAGUGUCACCAUCAGAUUGUUGUUACCUGGAAGCAAAGCAGCAUAUGACGGAGGCUCGUGAAUACUUGUGGACACUCAAGAAUAGACGUCCAGAUAAACUUCGAGACACCCUCAAGGAGUUUGAGGAGCUGCUGCAGUGCAGCCGUUGUGUGCUGAGCAAAUGGAAGGACAAGAACUUCGGUCAGGUAUAUGCUUCAAUGAUAAUCUUGGCUUGGUAA